UGUAACCGGAAGCGGCAGUGUUUGAAUAUAAAUAUGAGUAUGGCUGGGCCGGGCGCGCGGCCCGCGCUGCUGUGCGCUGCGGCUUUAAUGAACUUUAUAUUGGUGUUCGGUACCGGAGCGGACCUCGUUAGAUUCCUCUCUUUCCGCGCCGUUUAUCACAAUAUCACGGGCGGAGCGCCGCUGUGCGGAGAUGGCGUGUCCUGGUCUGUAGCUCUGAGGGACAGUUCAGUAUUGAGGGCUCUGGGUUUGGAUCUGGUUCUGUUAGUCCUGUUCAGUCUUCAGCACAGUCUGCUGGCCUGGGAUCCCGUAAAGAGAGCCUGCCAGUCUGCGCUGGGGGUCCUGAACCGAGCCAUGUACUGCACUACUACAGCCCUCGCACUACAGGUGUUGAUGCGUUACUGGCAGCCCGUGACCAGCGCCCCCUGCUUGUGGUCGGUGCGCAGUGCACCUUGGGAUAUCUGGUUCCCUCUGAUCUGCUUCACAGUGCACUUCCUGUGCUGGGCCGUCAUCUGCAGCAUCCUGCUGAUAUUCGAUUAUCCAGAGCUUCUAGGAGUCAAACAGGUUUAUUAUGAAUGUUUAGGGCUGGGUGACCCGCUGGCCCUGAAGUCGGCCCGUGCCCAGCGUCUUUACGCCCACCUGCGUCACCCGGUGUGCGUGGAGCUGCUGCUGGUGCUCUGGCUGCUGCCCACGCUGACGCUGGACAGGUGCGUCCUGGCUCUAUACCUGUCCCUCUACCUGGCUCUCGCUCACUCGCUGGACGCCAAGGACUGCGCCUACCUGAGCUCCCAGCUCCACAGCAAGCUGCAGCUCUUCUCCGCACCACAGGGGGGCAGCGCUGAGAUUAACAGCAACAGCGCUGAACCCAAGCGCGACUGAACCAAUCAGAUCACGGCUUAAUCCGGGGAGGGGGUGUUUCAGAAACUGGGAUUAUUUUAGUUAGUCAGAUCAAUUAAGACCAAAGGAGCGUCCAAUCAGAAUGUCCCUCAGCCCUUUUACUGUUCAGAAUAAUAAUAAUAAUAAUAAUAAUACUUUUUUUUAAUUCUCAAAGACCCUUUACAUACAAAGAUAAGGCACAGUAAAAGGUAAAGUUAUAAAAACAACAAUAAUAAGGGAUACAGUUAUUAAAUUUAACAUAAAAAAAUAUAUAGGCAGUUUUACCAAUGACAAUUUGUUUAAAAAAACAAAAAACAAAACAAAACCCAAAAGUAUAGUUUCUGUAAGUUUUCUACAUUAAAUUUACAUUAUAGGUUAAAAGCAGAUCCGAGGAGUUUUGAAAAGUUACUUAAAUAUAGACAAGUCAGAACAGUCUUGAAUGGGUUUGGGUUUCUUUUACUGUUGGAUAAUUCCCUUAUUUUUGAGUUAAUUAAUUAAGUUUUUAGUAGAUGUUUUUUUUAUCUUCAAGAAAAGAAAUACAUUAGUUCUUUAAUGCCAAUUCAGGAGAUAUUUCUAUCUAGUAGGGCUGCAACUAAUGAUUAUUUUGAUUUUUUCCGAUUAGUCGAUUAGUCAACGAUUAUUUCUGCCAUCUCUAAAAACAUUUAAAGAUCUGAACUUUGUUUAAACAUGGAAAUGACUGAUAUUUAGUGAUUUAAUAUGGGAAUUAAGUCUCCCAUUGCGCUUAUUUUGUCCCCAGCACAUUGUGUAAUGUGGUACUGUUACAAAUUAACAUUUAGUCGACAAUGAAAUUUGUAGUCGACAAAUUUAAAUACAUCAAAAUACAUCAAAAAACAUGUAAUUGACAUUGACGAUUAUAUCGACUAAUCGUUGCAGCCCUACUAUCUAGCUUUCUGAAUAAAUACUGAAUAAUGUGAACCAUGGCCCUUAUCAUCGGCCACUUUAAUCAAAGCGUUGGAAAUCUAAGAUCAAAGCAAAUAAACAGAAGGGCUUUACACACCCAAAUAAACUGGUUUCAUAAGAGAAAUGUGUGUAGAAGAAUAUUUUUAAGGCUCGUUUGUCUUGUUUGAAAGAAAAUGCGUUUUUUUUAAUGAAAGAAUCUGGGUUAAUCUACAGUCACAGUAGAUACAGAAUCACCAGCACUGUAAUCUGUAAUACUUAUAUUGCUGCGUGAUGCGCCUGACAACCAGGGGGAGAUGGAUUUCAGCGCAAAGCCUCUUCUUUUUCUUCUUCUAUUGUUGAAUAUGUGCCAAUAGCCUGACUAAACUGCCUAAAGUUUGUAAUUAUCGGAAAGUCAGAACCAUCUAGAAGUCUUAAUAGUCUUAAUCUUAAACUUGCUUUGGUAGUUAUACUGGUAUAGUGCAAAAAUAUAUAUCUUAACAAGUAAAAUCUAUUUCAAUGUAGUCUACAUUUAUGCAUUCCACAUUUUUACAUUAAAUUACAUUACAUUUGGCAGAUGCUUUUCACCAAAGCGACUCACAAUAAUAAGGAACAUAUAUAAGCAAUAGAAGUUCAAGGUAAAGAAACGUUUUAAUAGUGGAAAUGGAGUGAUAGAAGAAGAAAGGAUGAGAUAAUUUUGAUGAGGUAAUUUUUACCACUACUACAGGAUAAUUUUAAGUUAGAAGAAAUUAUAAAAAUAACAGAAUACUAAGCUACAAAGCUACAUUCUGUUAUUUGUACAAUUACCAGAUUUUGAAUAUAUGGUGCACUGUAUUAUCAGGUGCACUAUUAAUGAUUUUCAUACAUACAUAAGGCGCACCGGAUUACUAGUGUCGCUUUAUAAGAACAAGACGUCUCCUUGUUUUCUUUUAAUUCAGCUAUCUGCUAGCAGUUCGUCACAUGUAGCUUGUAUUAACACGCUAAACACACAGGAUACAGUUUGUUAUACUCACCUCUGAGCGGAGAAAGCGCUAGCGCUUAGCAUUGUCAGCAGCUAAUGCUAAUGCUAAUACUGCUCCAGCCUUGAUUCUGGAGAAACUUCACUGAAACUCCUGUAUAACUCUGUACUUCAGCAGAGUGGCUUUACUGCUCCUUAAUACCUGACUGGUUAAAUUCAUACAUCAUUUUUGGGAAAGUAAAAAAAUACUUUAAAUGAUUUUAGGUGUGCCUUAUAGUGCAAAAAAUAAAAAUACAGUACAGAAAAUGAUGUGCCAGUGGAAUAAGAGGAAGACACUUUUAAUAGAUUGAAAACUUUAGAAAAAGUUUAAAAAUGUGUUAAUUAAAUGUAAUUUUGUCAUUAAUUAAAGAUAUAAUCAUAAAAUAAAAAUGAUUCGAUUUUAGAACUGCUUUUAAGAGGAUUUUCUUUGAUCGAUAUCAUUUUUAAAGUGUUAAAGUUAAAGUUGAUCAACUAUUACGAUACAGAUUAAACAAAAGCUUAACUUUAGCCUGUUUUGUGGGACAAACUCCCAACUCCACACUCUAGUAUUUUUAUGCUGUUACUUAUUAUUAUUAUUAUUAUUAUUAUUAUUAUUUUGUAAGUAUUAAGUCACAAUAUGUUGGACAAUGAAACUGAAACACCUGGUUUUAGAGCACAAUAAUUGAUUGUGGUGACGGACAGUUCUGGUGGAAACAGGAGAGUUGAGGUGCACAUUGAAUUCUGCGUGAUUUGAUCAGCCGUGGUUUUAUGUUUUUUGGAUACAAUCCGGGUUAGCACCCGAACAUCCCUUUCAGACAGCUUCCUCUUACAGCGUCCACAGUUAAUCCUGUUGGAUGUGGUUGGUCCUUCUUGGUGGUAUGCUGACAUUACCCUGGAUACCGUGGCUCUUGAUGCAUCACAAAGACUUGCUGUCUUGGUCACAGAUGCGCCAGCAAGACGUGCACCAACAAUUUGUCCUCUUUUGAACUCUGGUAUGUCACCCAUAAUGUUGUGUGCAUUGUAAUAUUUAGAGCAGAACUGUGCUCUUACCCUGCUAAUUGAACCUUCACACUCUGCUCUUACUGGUGCAAUAAUGUGCAAUUAAUGAAGAUUGAACACCAGUCUGCUCCAAUUUAGCCAUGAUGAAACCUCCCACACUAAAAUGAUGACAGGUGUUUCAGUUUCAUUGACCAACCCCUGUAUGUUAGCAUUUUUUUUUUUAGUAUUUGUAGAUUUGUUGUUAUAAAACCAGCGUGAGAUGUUCUGGUUCUUGAAUGUGGAAUAGAGGUAAUAAGGUCAGGAGCACAGGUGAAAGAUCAUGAGAUUAAAACACUGUGCUUAUCUCCUCAUUAACUCACUAAGAACGAAUGAUCAGUAAAUCACAGCCUCAACAUACGCUGCCUACCUACUGCCCAACACCCGCUCAUCUCUUAAAGUACCAGUCAAAAGUUUGGACACACUUUCUCAUUCAGUUUAGAUUAUGAAGGAACACAUAAGGAAUCAUGUAGUAACUUAAAAACAGUGUUAAACAAACCUAAAUACUCUGUGAAGAAGCUUUUAGAUACUCUUAUCUGGGGAGCUGUUAACUCUGAUGAUCUUAUCCUGUACAACAGAGGAAACUCUUGCUCUUUCUUUCCCGGUGCAGUCCUGAUAAGUGCCAGUUCCAUCAUUAUAACAUUUUUGAUGGUCUUUUUUGCAACUGCACUUGAGGAUACUUUCAAAGUUCUUGAAAUUCUUCUUCUUUUCAAAUGAACUGAUCUUCAUUUCCUCUUAAUCUUUAUUUAAUUGAGUAGUUGUUGCUGCUCAUAAUCUGGAUUCGAACAUUACUCAAAUAUUCACUAUUCACUGUAUACCUGUAACUCUACCUCUUCACUACUUUACUUUAACUGAUGCUCUCAAACACUUUAUUAAGAGACAAGAAAUUCAAGUAAUUAACUCUUGAUGAGUUCAGCACAGCUGUUAACUGAAAGCCUGAAUUCCAGGAGACUACUACUUUAAAGAAUGUAAAAUAUAUAAAACAUAUUCUGGUUCGUUUAACACUUUGUUUUUUGUUUAUUAAAUAAUUCCAUAUGUUUUUCUUAAUAGUUGAGAGGACUUUAGUAUUGAUUUACAGUGCAGAACAUUUUUAAAAAUAUUUGUAUUUCUAUUUUUUUUUGUAUUUUUCUUCCAAUUUAUCUGUCUGAUUGUCCCACCCGUUCAGCUGCUACUCAGCUGUGUAUCCGCCUCUUUUUGAACUGCUGCUGAUGCUGUAGCAUCGUCGAUUAGCAUCACAGCGCUAACGCUCGGAGGAAAGCGCAGCUACUCGGUUCUGAUACAGCAGCUCACAGAAGCAGCCUUGUGCUGAUCCACAUCACCCUUUUUGGAGUGAUGAGGGGAAAGAGAAGAACACCAUCUACUGUAAUCACCCAGAGAGAGCAAGACCAAUUGUGCUCUCUCUGGGCUCUGGCAGCUGAUAGCAAGCUGCAUGACCGGGAUUCGAACUAGCGAACUCUUGAUCAUAGUGGCAGUGCUUUAGACUGCUGGACCACUUGGUGCCACAUUUUAAAAUAAUGAAAAAACACUGAAUGUAAUGUGUCCAUACUAUUGACUGGUACUGUAUAUUAUUUUAAAUACUUUUUAAACUAAUAUGAAUUAUUAUGAAUUAAUAUGCUAAUUCUAACACAGCUAAAUGCUAUAGGACGCAUUGUUGCCUUUGUGAAUUUGUUACAGAAACCUCCACCACUGCACUGCCUUAUAAAACACUGAAUUACUGCAGCUUUUUUUUUUUCAUGUUAGAUAGACUACAACUGUAAAUAACCUAAACUUUUGGUGUUUACAACCACUAAAAUAUGCUUUAUUUUUACAAAAAAUAAGAUCACAUCCGACAAGUGUUACUUCUGCUGUAUUAGCUAUAAUAUCUGCAACUGAUAGUAUUUUAUCACUUUAUUUUCUGAUAUUAUGUAUUAAAAAACAGCCAUUCAGUGUCAUAAUAAGUCAUAAUAAGAAAAAUGUUGCUGUUAUGUGAAAACCUUACUAUACUGCCAUUUUAACUACUUUGAGGCACAAUCUACAUAAAUCCUGCAGUUUUAUUUUGAAUUGUAUUGUAUUGUAGUUUUAAUAUUUUACUGACGAGUGGACCAAUAGACAUUCUCCAGAAUUAUCUUACAUUUAGGGUAAAAAAACAUGAUUUUACUCCUGUAUAAAGUUGAAAUUAUGGAUAUAUAUUUAUGAUAAUCACUGGGAAUCUUACGAUAAAUAUUAUAUCACAAUACUGGCGAUACUCGAUAUAUUGUAAGACAUAUAUCGCAAUCCUCCACGACACUUUACACAAUCUGUGUUACUAAAGAAGAUAAAAUGCUCCUAAUGAAGUAAAAAACAGGAAUUAGGGAUUUAUUGGUGUCAGUUUCACACAAUUUAACAACCAAUACGCUUCACCGCAGGUUUAUUAACUCUAUUUAUUUGAUUAUAGCGCCACCUAAUGGAGUAAUAAGGCAAUAACUUGGGUAAAAUUAAUCUGGGGGUGUGUCUUAGUGAGUUUAGAGCACCUAUGUUGCAAUAAAAACAUCCAUAUUUGACGCCACAUAUUGAUAAAGUAUUGCAAUAUAAGCAAAAAAUAUACAAUAUAUCUCAAUAUCGUUAUUUUGUCUCACUUCUAAUGGAUAUACAUGGUUUUUGCACAACAGCAACAAAAAGUGCGUUCUUUUAUUGUGUGAUAAUUUAGAUUUUAGGAUUGUUUUAGGAGUAUAUUCUAUAGUGUGGUUGAUUAGCUUGAUUUUAGGACUAUAGCUGCAUAUUAGUAAUAAUUGUGAUCAUUGUGAAUGUGUGUGUGUGUGUGUGUGUUUGUGUGUGUGUUAGAUAGCAUUAGUAUGAGUUAAUUCUAAGUCAGGUCAGAGUGUAAACUAAACAUUAACGAAAUAAAAGUGCCAACUUUAAGCAACAGGAAGACGUUUCCCUUCUUAAGAAAUUGUGUUUAUUAAGCAACAUUUUUUAUUAAAAUCGAACAAAAUGAAACAACUAAAUAUUAAACUUGAUUUUUGCAGGUUUUCAUUAAUUUUGCCACAUUUUCUUACUAUAACAUACAUAUAACAUAUACAUAUAUAACAUAUACA